CUGCCAGUUCACUCUUCCCUGCGAAAGCUCCGUCUCGCCUGAGCUGGUUUAUGGCGUCUGAUCAUUCCUGCCAUCUCCGUCGAAACGAGCUGCGCUUAGGAACGGAUCGGCCACAGUUCGUCGAAGCAGCGUAGUCCAUCCCGAAAUUCAAGGUCGCUAACCGUUCCCCCGCUGCAGCGUCGAGAGUCGCGUCGAGAGUCUCGCUGACCUCUGGAAGCCAGUCGUUGUCUCCAGUGUGCGGCUACGAGGCAGCGGAAGCUGACGUGGAGUUCUACGAAGGCGUGUAGGAAUAAAUGCGAGAACGGCCUGAAUUAUCACGACAUUGAUUCGUGAUCCCGUUUCCAGCACUAGGGAUGUUGGAUCAGGAACCUAUUUUUGAACCGCCUCAAAAAUCGACUCCUCAUGCUAGGGAUGUUGGUUCAGGAUUUAGGAACCGCCGGCGGCACUCGUAGGCGAAAGUCAUUGGCAAAUAGGCCAUCUUCCCGCAGGUCAGCCUAGCGGCUUCUCGAUAGAUCGGCACGACAUGAAGUACUAAUCGUUCGUACCACAGGAAGAGCACGCCUGAGAGCAAGGGGCAUUCUGCUCGCUCAAUUUAGGGCAACAAAGCUACAGGGACUCCAGUUCGUGCCAGGGCCGAGCGGCUGAGGAAGAAAUAGGCAAAGGGGACUUGGCGGUCAAUGGUUAGCCGGCAGUUGAUAGCCGUUGUAGGAAGGAUAUGGAUUAGAGAGCAAAGGUGAUUUUUGUUAGAAAUAGCAGGGAAGGAGUUUUAGGUGUAUCCGGGAGCAGGACGGUGGUGCAAGGAGGGUGGUGCAAGGAGGAACGUGCACAGCCAACUGCCAGGUAGGGGGAGGUGGGGACGGACGGAGGAGGAGGCGGAAGUGCGGAAGUUGGAGGAGAUUCUACAGCGGUAGUACGAAGUCAAAAUAAGUCAUUUUAAGUCAUUAUCGCCUGCGAAGCAGAGAGUGCGUUCGCGCAUACGAGUACCUGAGCGCGAGCACGAGAUCACCGCAAGUCUAGCCACAAGCCCCGCGAACAGAGUAGGGCCGCGAACAGAGUAGGGCCGCGAACAGAGUAGGAUCCGUAACACCCUAAGCAUGGCGGUGAAGCGGCACUUCCACCGGGUAGGAUCCGGGGGCGGCGGCGGCGUCGGGGGGGCAGGCGGAAUCGGGUUACCAUCCCGGAUGGUGAACGUGGUGCUGGUGGCGGGCGACUGCGUGUUCAUCGGCAUGCAGCCCAUCCUGGUGUACAUGAGCAAGGUGGACGGCAAGUUCCUCUUCAACCCCAUCUCCGUCAACUUCCUCUCCGAGCUCUUCAAGUUCACCUUCGCUAUAAUCAUCAUCUUCUUCCAGGCGCGCAGUGCCCGUGCCAGUGUCAAAGCCGCCUUCACCCCACGAGCUAUCUGGAAGGCAGCAAAGGCGAACGUGCUGCUAGCGGUGCCUGCGCUGCUCUACGCCAUGAACAACUACCUCAAAUUCGUCAUGCAGCUGUACUUCAAGCCCACGACUGUAAAAAUGCUGGGUAACCUCAAGAUUCUUGUGAUUGCUGUGCUGCUGACGGUGGUCAUGAAGAGGCGAUUCACUGUCAUGCAGUGCGAGGCCCUGUGCCUGCUGCUGAUCGGCAUCAGCAUCAACCAAAUACCGUGUGGCGGCAAUGCUGCUGCUGCCAUGCUCGACGUCUCGCCCCUCGCAUGGGUCUACACCUUCUUCUUCCUCACGAUACCUUCAACCGCGUCAGUGUAUAACGAGUACGCUCUCAAGAGUCAGUUCGACACCAGCGUACAUCUGCAGAACUUCUUCAUGUACUGCUGGGGCCUCCUCUUCAACUUCAUCUUCCUCUUCGGGAUCUUCAUUGCCCGAGGCGGCGACCUGGCGUCGCUGAACAUCCUGCACGGGCACUCACGGGCUACGGCGGUGCUCAUCGCCAACAAUGCCAUGCAGGGCAUCCUCUCCUCCUUCUUCUUCAAAUACGCCGACACGAUUCUGAAGAAGUACUCAUCCACCAUCGCGACCAUCUUCACGGGCAUUGCGUCCGCCGUGCUCUUCGGCCACACGCUCUCCAUCAACUUCGCCCUGGGGGUCUCCGUCGUGCUCAUCUCCAUGCACCAGUUCUUCUCCGCCAUGCCUCCCAAGGCCCCCCGGCCGCGCAAGGACAACGACAGCGAUGUGGAGGACUGGGAGGGGGGCGAAGCGCGUGGGGGGGGAGGGGCAGUGGGGGGCGCAGACCGGCACGUGGCAAUGAUUGUGAACGGGUUGCCGGCCUACCACUCCCUGUCGCCCAGAUCCAUGUUGGCGCGGGAGUCAUCACUAGUGGAGAUGGCAGCAGGAGCCAACGAAGAGGCGAAUCACAGGCACAGACUGACAGCCCAUGCCCUUCCUAUAUGAUGCCACAUCUAUGGUUGUUACUAUGCCAUGCCAUGCCUCCUCGUCUACACAUUUUCCUUUAACCUGGAUCUAGGCCCGUGGUGUACAACUCUUCACGUGCGUAUCUAAAGAAAUAAAAUUCUACCGUGUAG